AUGGCGAAAAACAAAGAGACAUACAGAGCCAAGGUUGUGGUCAUAGGAGAUGGAGCUUGCGGAAAGACGUGCUUGUUGGAGGUGUACAAGUCUGGGAUAUUCCCUGAGGACUAUGUUCCUACAAUAGUGGAUAACUUCGUGACAAAAGAGUCGACAGAGAAAGGAGAGGUGGUUCUAACGCUGUGGGAUACGUCUGGGCAGGACGAAUACGACGCACUGCGGCCACUGUCGUACAGCAAUGCAAACCUCAUACUAAUAUGCUACUCCAUUGAGAAAAAGGACCGGCUAGGAAACAUAGAGGAAAAGUGGCUUUCGGAAAUCCAGAACUUGUGCAAAGAUGUUCCGUACUUCUUGGUAGGCCUGAAGGCUGACGUGCGCGACAAUGCACCAUCCUCGCAGGCUGACAACUUUGUAAGUAACGAGGAGGGGCGCUCCUUGGCGCAGAAGAUUGGUGCAAAGUACUUCGCGGAGUGCUCGGCCUUGACCAAGAAAAAUGUGAAGGAGACCUUUGGUGAAAUUGCAAACUACAUCAUAAAGCAUCAAAAGGAAACAAUGUCACAGAGGCGCUUUAAGUUUUUCUAUUGUUGUUAA